AAACAGUGAGAGAUUUCUGUAAAUAGGUGAACUUCUCUGUGUCAAUUCAUGAGGAAGCAAACAGCCCGUGUGUAAGAGGAGUUAGGUACUGGAGCAAAGCAACCACAGAAAGAGUAGAGUCGCAUGUUGUUGCUGGAUUACGUUUUGCAAGACAGGAAAUGAGACAAGCAGAGAGACAGAGCAUGUGCAGGCACAGACAACUUUGUCAUCCUUAACACGGACAACAAUCUCCAUGAUAGUAGAAAUCUCGCCGCGUCUCCUGUUAAGAUAUUUUUUGUUGCACUUUUGAGAGAAGAAACAGAAUUCGAGUCACACGCCAUAAAAAUCUGAAAUGGGCACGGAGGAGAAGGACUCAGAGCCUGCAGCUCAACAACUACCUAAGGAGCAUGGAUCACCUGAGGUGGAAAAGGAGCCUCCUGUGGACACUCUGCCAGGACAAAUAUCUGAGAACGCCGACCCCCUCAAUACAUACAGUUGGCAUACGGGCUCCAAAGGAACGCUCAAUGAGGUGAAAGACGGGGGAGAAGGAGGAGCAGCUUCUUCCACAUCUACAAUGGAUAAGAUCCAGAAGGCCUCCACCAACAAAUGGAGCAAGAUGCAGAACUGGCGCAAGGCCCUGAGCGAGGACCCCGGAGAUAAAAUUUCAUCCAGUGGGAAAGGCGGCGAGGGAGCCAAGCAGGGACCCAGGAAGAAAACAUUCAGGAGGGCCCUGUCCGAGCCUCCAGGGUCACUGUUCUCAGCCUUGUCCCCAUCCUCCAGUGCAGCUAGCUCAUCAAACGCAGCUUCAUCCUCAGCUGCUGCAGAGGCCUCAGGGGUCUCCUCCACAGACCCUUCACAGAAAGGGGGUGGAGGGGCGCUCCUAAAAAAGUACCUGAGGACUGUUUCCCAGAAGCUCAAGAGGCCCAAGCUGCAGAGUCGGAGCAGCACUCAGACAUUACUGACAGAUGAAGCAGCACGAGCUGUACCCACUGAACUGCCACGGCUUCAAUGGGCCCCUCCUCAAGAGGUCCCCUUAUGGGACAUUAGCAACUGCAACCUUGAAGAUGGACAAAUUCUCAUAUCCCCAGAGGAGGAGCCAACGAUGUGGACCCGAAACCGUGAAAGCAGCUCCCUGUCCAACCCCAGCAUGCAGAAUCUUGCAGAUAUCGACAAAGAAUGUAGUCCUGACCAUGUGGGCCUGUCAGGUGGCCCUCGACCAAAGAACCAAGAUGGUGGUGUGAGGGCACUGAUCAAGCGACGUCUGGAGAACAAGGCCAAGAGAAAUAGCAACACCCAACUAAACCAAAUGGGACAAAGCAAAGGAAGCAGGCAUUAUGGUUCCCGGGAGUCUGUGUCAAUUCCAGUCCCUGCAGUGGGGAGACUAGAUCUGACUCCAGACAUCAGCACUGUAAUCAGGCCAGUCCACAGCUCCAUUUUGGGGGAAAAGUACUGCUUUGAGGUGAUAAACUCAGAGAGCACCCAUUGCUUUGGCUGCUCCUCAGCUGCCGAACGUGACCGUUGGAUUGAAGACCUGAGACGAGCAGCCCAACCCAAUAAAGAUAACAUUGAGCGUACAGAGAACUCCCUGAGUCUGUGGAUAAAUGAAGCUAAGGAUCUGCCACCUAAACGGCGUUAUUACUGUGAGGUACACCUGGAUGGGACUCUGUUUGCCCGCACCAGCAGCCGAGCUGUUGGCAAGCCAUCUAACCGCUCCAGCUUGGCAGGGGACAGCUCUACUGGGUCCUCAGGAGGCCUGGGGGCCAGUGGAGGUGUGGCUGGAGGAUGUCAACUAUUCUGGGGUGAAUUUUUUGAGCUGGACAAUCUGCCCUGUGUUUCCCAAAUCACCUUGCACCUUUUCCGUGAGGAGGACCCCAAGAAAAAGCGCCAUUCCAGAGACGAGUCCAGUCUGCACCCACUGGGCAGUGUGGCUUUACCCUUACCAGAUAUCAGGGGGCGGACCUAUCAGGAGAAAUGGUAUCCAAUCACUCCAUACAAGACCUUGGGCACAUUAGGGAACAAAGAGGUACUGGGACCACAGGCAUCACUCCGCAUUAAUUCCCGUUUCCAGAAUUUGAAGGUGUUGCCCAUGGAGAAAUACAAAGAGUUUGCCGAGUAUGUGACGGUGGAUUAUAUGGAAAUGUGCAAAAGUCUGGAGCCACUUCUGAAUGUCAAGGAGAAAGAAAAGCUGGCAGGAGCUCUGGUCCAUGUACUGCAGAGUAUUGGCAAAGCCAAGGAGUUUCUCAUUGAUUUGGGUGGUGCAGAGGUGGAGCGUCUUGGAGAGAGGGAGGCACUGAUCUUCAGAGAGAACACACUGGCCACUAAAGCCAUUGAUGAAUAUAUGAAGCUCGUUGGCCAGAAGUACCUCAUUGACACACUAGGAGACUUUAUCAUCCGUCUCUAUGCAUCACUGGAGAGCUGUGAAGUUGAUCCUCGUAAAUGCCCUGCCUCUGAACUGUCAAACAACCAGAAGCACUUGAGGGAAACCUGUGAUGAGGUGGUGACGAAGAUUAUAGAGAUCCAUGGAACCUUUCCUGAGGAAUUGAACAAGAUCUUCUCCAGUUGGGUGGAGCUGUGUGAAGACCAGGGUAGACCAGAGAUUGGCCAACGUCUUAUCUCUGCUUCCCUCUUCCUUCGCUUCUUAUGUCCAGCCGUCCUCAGUCCUUCUCUUUUUGGUCUGACACAGCCUUAUCCAGAGUCAAACACCCUCCGUACCCUCACCUUAACUGCCAAAGUCAUCCAGAAUUUGGCCAACUUCACCUUGUUUGGCCAGAAGGAAGAGUACAUGCUUUUUAUGAAUGAAUUUCUGCAGCAACACUGGGAUGGAAUGAGGACUUUUCUUCAAACAGUGUCCAGUCUAGACAACGAAAUCCCAAUGACUUCUUUUGAUGGCUAUGUGGAUCUGCCUCUACGCCUUGCCGUGCUCCAUGGCCUGCUGGUAGACAUCAUCUAUCAGAAGGACCAGGACACAAUCGACAAGCUGCAGCCUCUGCCAUCGAUUCUGAACCAGAUUUCAGAGUCACUCGGCCCUGAAGCGCCUCGGAUCAUAGUUAGCAGCCAAAUGGGACAAGACAAGCCAGUGUAUGUUCCUCCUAAAGACUUGGGCAAGUACAGCCCUCACCAGUCAUCCCUCCAACAGCUUUCUGUGGACUCCAAAACCCUACGAGAUGGGGAUGGUAGGACUCGGAAGAAUAUAAAAGAGGGGAAGCCAGUCAAAAGAACUCAGAGUGCUCCCCAUAGACGUCCUGGUCAUGCAAAACAUAACUUGAAGAGACAGACGAGUUCUGAAGCACUACCAUUAUCUGACCUUGAACAAGAGAUGGAGACCAACCAGCCACUUAUCUCACCACCAAAUACUAGUGCCAGUGUCAAACGCACACAUGCACCAGUACCCUGGAUCAAAAACAGCCACAACAAAGAGUCAAGUGAGAUGAAGACUGAGAAUGAGGAGUUCAACUUACUUGAUAGGCAUGCUCAAGAUCUGUCAGAGCUUCGUCUGGGGAUAGAGCAGGUGACAGAGCGUGAGCUGGACAUGGCAAAGCGCCUGGAGGACUUCAUCAUCCAAAGCCAGGACCAAAAUGCAAUGCUGCUGGCUGAGGUGAACGAGCUCCGUGAUCUGUUGUCUGUAAGAGAGGAGCAGCUUUCCAGCGCCACCUUCAGGCUGGGUGUGAUUGAGGAAGAAAGAGAGGAGGAUGAGAAGAAGCUAAGUGUUGCCAUUGCAGCAUCUGAGCGAAUGAACGUACUGGAGGAACAGUUUGCUGGCCUGCUUAGGGACCUUCACCAGCUCAGUGAGGCCUCCAACAGUGGCCAAAACAAAAUUCAGCAUCCUGAAAAGCCACACAUCAACAGCAAAUGAACCCUGGAAGCUUCUGUGUCACAAUUUUGUAUAAAUACAUACAGUAUUUACAGUACAUGUGGAAACCACUGACUGAAGUUGCAAUGUGUUUUUCCUGGUUAGAUGUAGUUUUAUUAUAUUUAGAUAUUCAAAAAAGAUGCAAGUGGGCAAACUCUAACUAAGGAGAACAUGGAACCUACACAAUGUGUCUAUAUUUCAGCUUUUACUGUAUCUCGGUAACAGAUGUGUUUACCUUAAAAACCUUUCUGAUAAAUAAAAGAAAUUCAACCUGAA